AUGACAUCGGUAAAGUUGAAUUUAUUGAUUCUAUUGGCUAUUGGACUUUGUUUAUCUGAUGUCCUUGGACACCCACCAUCACGAGGAGGUAGACCUAGUAGACUAGGGCAGAGACCAGGUCUACCAGAACGGAGACCAGGCAGAUUCCGACCAGAUAAACCAGAAAUGCCCGAUGGAGAACAUCCAUGUAGACCAGAAAUGCCAGGCGGAGAACCAAAUAGCACAGGUAGACCAGAAAUGCCAGAUGGAGAACGAACAGGCAGGCCAGAAAUACCAGGCGAAGUAUUACCAAGCAGACCCAGCAGAACAGACGGAGAACGACCAGGCAGAUACGGUAAACCACCCGGUAGACAUGGAAGACCAGGAAUGCAUGGUGAAGAACGACCAUGUAGAACAGAAAGGCCAGAUGAAGAACAAACAGGCAGAACAGAAAUACCAGGUGAACCAAGUAGACCAGAAAUACCAGAUGGGGGACAACCAGGCAGAACAGAAUCGCCUGAUGCAGAACAAACAGGCAGAACAGAAAUACCAGGUGGAAAACAACCAAGCAGACCAGACAACCAGUUAGACCAGUAA